GGACACGCCCCUUCCAGGGGUGACGCGCUCCCCAAGUGCGUGCGCGCGCACAUGGACGCGUCUUGUAAGGACUUAUCGGAGGGUCGCAGGGCGUCUUAAGGACUGGGAAGAAGCAGACAUGUUGUGUUGGAAAUGUCAACCUAAACGGACGCCGGAGGAAGAAGCGGAGUGGGCGAGCCGUGCGAGGAAAGUUGCGCAAGCGAACGGAAAACAUUUCGGUUUAGAGGAUGAUCAGGAUCUCAACUUCCUGUUGAUCGGCGGCUUCCUGACUAAAGUGAGGUCGCGGUCCUGGCAGAAGACUCGCUUGUACCGCCUGCAGGAGGACUGCAAGACCGUCUGGCACGAGUCCGAAAAGGUCAUCAACCGCAAACAGACCUUCUCCAUCGACGAGGUGGAGUCUGUGCGUCAUGGCCGGCGCUCAGAAGGUCUCAGCAAGCACAUCGACCCCACAGAGGAGGCUCGCUGCUUCUCCAUCGUCUUCAGGGGCAGGAAGAAGGUUCUAGACCUGAUGGCCAGCGACCCCCAGGAGGCGGAGCAGUGGGUCAAAGGUCUCAACAAGGUCAUCAGCAACGUGCGCGCCCUGAGCCGGCAGCAGAAGAGCGAGCACUGGAUCAUCAACUGCAUGCGCAAAGCGGACAAGAACGAGGACAACAAGAUGAACCUGAAGGAGCUGAAGAGCUUCCUGGGCCACAUCAACAUCCAGGUGGACAACGCCUACGCCGAGGAACUCUUCAAGAAAUGCGACCAGUCCAAGUCGGGCACCCUGGAGGACGAGGAGAUCCGCCACUUCUACGAGCUUCUGACCCAGCGGGAGGAGAUCGAGGUGAUCUACGCCGACUACGCCAGGACGGACGGGCAGAUGAGCGUGAAAGACCUGCUCAACUUCCUGCUGAACGAGGAGCGGGAGGCGGCCACCACCGUGGGCGCGCUGAGGCUCAUCGACAAAUACGAGGUGGACGACGCAGCCAAGCAGAGGAAGCACAUGAGCAAAGAUGGCUUCCUGAUGUACCUGCAGCACGAGGACUGCUCCAUCUUUAACCCCGCCCACAAGAAGGUGCACCAGGACAUGACGCAGCCUCUGCACCACUACUACAUCUCCUCCUCACACAACACUUACCUGACCAAGGACCAGCUCAAAGGGCCCAGCAGCACCGAGGCCUACAUCAGAGCUCUGAUGAAGAGUUGCCGCUGUGUGGAGCUGGACUGCUGGGACGGCCCCAACGGGGAGCCCGUCGUCUAUCACGGCUACACGCUCACCUCCAAAAUCCUUUUCAGAGACGUCAUCCAAGCCAUCAAAGACUUCGCCUUCAAGACCUCGGAGUAUCCUGUCAUUCUGUCUUUGGAGAACCACUGCAGUGUGCCCCAGCAGAGACUCAUGGCCCACCACAUGGUCUCCAUUUUGGGGGGCGCCUUGGUCACCAAGCCCAUCGGGAGCAACUGGCCCACCACCUUCCCUUCACCUGAGGAACUGAAGGGCAAGUUCCUGGUGAAAGGAAAGCGCCUCAACAACCCGGCCAUGGAGGAGGACACGGUGUCUGAGGAGGACGAGGCGGCGGAGGUGGAGAGCGUACAGGAAGUCAAAAAAAAGAAAUCCAAGAUCAAGCUUGCCAAGGAACUUUCCGACAUGGUGGUUUACUGCAAGAGUGUCCACUUCAAUGGCUUCGAACACGCCAGGGACAACCUGAAGUUCUACGAGAUGUCCUCCUUCAAGGAGAGCAAAGCCUUCAACCUGGCUAACAACUCAGCCUCCGCCUUCAUCCAUCACAACAUGGACAAGCUGAGCAGGAUCUACCCUGCAGGCUCCAGGACAGACUCCUCCAACUACAACCCUGUCCCCAUGUGGAACGCUGGCUGUCAAAUAGUGGCCCUCAACUUCCAGACCCCCAGGAAGGAGAUGCACAUCAACCAGGGCCGCUUCUUAGCCAACGGGGCGUGCGGCUACAUCCUCAAGGAGGACUUCCUCAGGGACCCGUCCUCCGACUUUGACCCCGUGGUGCUCUCCAGGGGGCCGUGGCUGACACCCAAGACGCUCAAUGUCAUGGUGAUCUCCGCUCAGCAGCUGCCCAAACUCAACGAGGAGAAGCAGAAGUCCAUCGUGGACCCCCUGGUGAGAGUGGAGGUCUACGGCGUGCCGGCGGACAACGCCAGCAAGGAGACGCACUACAUCGAGAACAACGGGUUCAACCCCAUGUGGAACGAGCGGUUCGAGUUCAGCAUCCUGGUCCCUGAUCUGGCCCUGGUGAGGUUUGUGGUGGAAGACCACGACACCACGUCCCAGAACGACCUGGUGGGACAAUUCUGCCUCCCACUCACAAGUCUGCAGAACGGUUAUCGCCACGUUCCGCUUCUCAACAAGAACGGCGACGUCAUCACCGCCUCGGGCCUCUUCGUGCACGUCAUGCUCUUGGACGGCGUGUCGUGAAAAAAAAGCUGCAAGCGGACACGCGAACAAAAGGAGGAGUUGUUGUGUGCGCUGGAAAGGAAGAAAUGAUUUAAUUUAUGCUGACUUUUUAAUAACUGUUGUUAUCAAAGCAAAUAUUAAAUAUUACAAGGACACAUUUUUCAUUAUAUUCUGUCAUUCGUAAUUAUUCAUAAUAACUUUAUUUUAACGUGCAAGUUGACCAUCUGGAAUAAAAACAUGCCAACAA